AUGUCUAGCAUGCUAAUCCACCACAACGAAGACAUCUUUCCGGAUUCUCGCAACUUCAUCCCUGAGCGCUGGGCAGAACCAGAGAAACGCCGCCAUCUCGAGAAAUAUCUCGUCUCGUUCACGAAGGGAUCACGUCAGUGCAUUGGCAUCAAGUACGUUCUCUUUCUUCGACAUCAAUACAGCUCUAACGAAAAUAGCCUCGCUCGAUCGGAAAUCCUCUUGGCUCUACCGAAGCUUGUCAGAGGGCUAGAUUUGGAGCUCUUCGAGACUACACGAGAGGACGUCACGCUUGCCCACGACCUCUUCCUGCCGUUUGCGAGAGAGCGGAGGAAGGGGGUUCGGGUGCUGGUUAAAUAG